AUGGAGUUCUCGAAACAGUUCCUAGACUCGAGAGAAAAGGCUGGAGAUAUACAGUCGACUGUCAAUCUGCAUAACAAUCAUGCAGGUCGAUUGGCUGUCGCGACAAACAUGCAGGUGCGCUGCAAAUGUCACGGAAUGUCAGGAUCCUGCGAAUUGAAGACCUGCUGGAAAGUAGCGCCUGACUUUCGAAUAGUCGGAAAGACGCUCAAGGAUCGUUUCCGGGGUGCGAUUUUGGUGGCUCAGAGCAACCUGGGGAACGUGACGCCGUUGACGAGAGUACGUGGUUCGCGUCGGCGUCGACCUGAUCGGCAGAAAAAGAGAAAACAUCGCGGUGGUGGUGGUGGUGGUAACAGUGGUAGUGGAGUAAUUUCCGGAACUGAAAGACGAGGUCGCAAACGGAAACCAUGUGAUCUAGCAAAACAGCUGUUCUACUACCAAAAAUCUCCAAAUUUCUGCGAACGCGAUCUAACUAUCGACAUUCCUGGUACCGCUGGUCGCAGGUGCAACAGGACAAGUUCUGGCGGAGACGGAUUGUCAAAAUUGCACUGUCGAGGAGUGGAUUACGGUUUGCAAGUGAAACAGACUUUAACUCGUAUCUGA